GAGUGGCAGCUACUGGACCCCAUUCAGAGGAACCUGUAUCAAGAUGUGAUGUUGGAAAAUUAUAGCAACCUAGUAUCAGUGGGGUAUCAAGUUACCAAAGCAGAUGCAUUUUACCAGUUGGAACAAGGACCACCAUGGAUAACAGAGGAAGAAAUUCAGAGUCAGAUUUAUCCAGACGACACCUGGCAAGUGGACACGGACACAGACUGGCACCAAGAAAACCAAGGCAACCUUGAAAUUAUGGAGAGUCACCACAUAAAUAAUCCAUUUAGAAAAAUAUUGUCUCUAAGCUUAAACUUUGAUAUCCCUUUAGCACAAAGAUCCCAUACAUUUGACAUACUUGGGAAACAUCUGAAACCUAAUGUAGAGUACACUCUUCAGAAUAACAGCUAUGCAAGAAACGAAGUGGAAUUUAAUGGCUACGACCAAGUAGUUCUUUUUACCAAGCCUGAGAAAAUUCAUACUGGAGAAAAAUACAAUGAAUUUAAUGAACAUUUAAAGGCUUUCAGCCACGAGUCACACCUUAUUAAACUUUGGAAGACUCGAGCAGGAGAGAAACAGUAUAACUGCAGUGACUGCGGGAGAGUCUUUUCCCAGAAGUCAGACCUCGUUAAGCAUCAGAGAACACACACAGGAGAGAAGCCCUAUGGUUGCAGUAGAUGUGAGAAAGCCUUCAGCCUGAAGUCCCACCUCAUUUUACAUCAGAGAACCCACACAGGAGAGAAACCUUACGAAUGCAAUAAAUGUGGGAAAGCUUUUACGGAUAAGUCAUGCCUUAAUAAACACCAGAGAACGCACACGGGAGAGAAAUGGUUUGAGUGUCGUGUAUGUCAGAAAAGCUUCAGUGAUAAGUCACAACUCACCUCACAUCAAAGAGCUCAUACAGGAGAGAAGCCCUACAGGUGUGGUGAGUGUGAGAAGAGCUUCAGCAACAAGUCACAGCUCAUUAUUCAUCAGAGAUCUCACACAGGAGAGAAACCUUAUGGUUGUGACGACUGUGGGAAGACAUUCCCCCUUAAGUUUAGCCUCAUUUUACAUAAAAAAACUCAUACAGGGGAAAAACCUUAUGGAUGCAGUGACUGUGGAAAAGCCUUCAUCCAGAGAUCUGAGCUCAUUAGACAUCAGAGAACUCACACAGGAGAGAAACCUUAUCAUUGCAGUGAGUGUGGAAAAGGCUUCAGUGUAAAGUCACUCCUCAAUACUCACUGGAGAACUCAUACAGGAGAGAAACCCUACGCGUGCAAUGAAUGUGGAAAAACGUUCUCCAUCAAGUUUAGUCUCAUCCUCCAUCAAAGAACACAUACGGGUGAGAAACCUUAUGAAUGCAGUCAGUGUCAGAAAGCUUUCACCCAAAAGUCACACCUCACUAUUCAUCAGAGGUCUCACACUGGAGAGAAACCUUAUGAGUGCAGUGAAUGCCACAGAGCCUUCAGCCGAAAGUCCUAUCUCCUCAUUCACCAGAGAAUUCACUCAGGAGAGAAACCUUAUGAAUGCCUCCAGUGUGGGAAGACUUUCUCACAAUUUAGCCUUAUUAUUCAUCAGAGAGUCCAUACAGGAGAGAAACCCUAUGGAUGCAGUGAAUGUGGGAAAAUGUUUCCUAUCAAGUUCAGCCUCAUUCUGCAUCAGAAAACACAUACAGGAGAGAAACCCCACGAAUGCAGCGAAUGUCAGAAAUGUUUUGCCCAGAAGUCACAUCUUAUUAUUCAUCAAAGAACUCACACAGGAGAGAAACCUUAUGGAUGCAGUGACUGUUGGAAAACUUUCUCCCACAAAUUCAGCCUCAUUUUACACCAGCGAGUUCACAAAGGAGAGAAGCCCUAUGAGUGCUGUGAGUGUGGGAAAGCCUUCCUCAGGAAAUUUCAGCUCACUGAACAUCAGAAGACUCAUACAGGAAAUAAACCCCAUGGAUGCAGUGUAUGUGGGAAAGCAUUCUCCAGAAAGUUCAAGCUGACUGAACACCAGAGAACUCACACAGGAGAGAAACCUUAUGAAUGUACUGAAUGUGACAAAGCCUUCUGCAGGAAGGCAGAACUCAUUAUACAUCAGAGAAAUGAAAGAGGCGAAAGGCCCCAUCAAUGCAAUGAAUGUGGAAAAGGUUUUGCCAGAAAAUCACAACUCAUUCUACAUCAGAAAACUCAUACAGGAGAGAAAUCUUAUAUAUGCAGUGAAUGUGGAAAAGGUUUCAUUCAGAAGGGCAAUCUUCUUAUACAUCAGAGGACUCAUACUGGAGAGAAACCCUAUGGAUGCACUGAAUGUGGUAAGGCCUUCAGCCAGAAGGCCUGCCUCAUAGCACAUCAGCGAUUUCAUACAGGAAAGACUCCCUUUGUAUGUAGUGAAUGUGGAAAAUCUUGUUCACAGAAAUCAGGACUCAUUAAACAUCAGAGGAUUCACACAGGAGAGAAACCCUAUAAAUGCAAUGACUGCGGGAAAGCCUUCACUACAAAGACCAUGCUCACUGUCCAUCAAAGAACUCAUACAGGAGAGCGACCCUAUGGCUGCAAUGAAUGUGGGAAAGCUUUCUCGCACAUAUCAUGCCUUCUCACUGAACACCAGAGAACUCAUACUGGCGAGAAGCCCCAUGAAUGUAACGAAUGUGGAAAAGCCUUCUCCAGGAAGUCACAGCUUAUGGUACAUCAGAGAACUCAUACAGGAGAGAAACCCUAUGGAUGCAAUGAGUGUGGAAAAGCCUUCAGCAGGAAGUGCCGGCUCAAUAGACACCAGCGAUCUCACACUGGAGAGAAACUCUAUGGAUGCAGUGUGUGUGGGAAAGCUUUUUCCCAAAAGGCAUACCUCAUUGCACAUCAGAGACUUCACACAGGAGAGAAGCCUUAUGAAUGCAGUGAAUGUGGAAGAACUUUCUUUUUUAAGUCAGACCUGACCAAGCAUCAGAGAAUUCACACGGGAGAGAAACCAUAUGAAUGCAGUGAGUGCAAAAAAGCCUUCAGGAGCAAGUCAAAGCUCAUUCAGCAUCAGCGAACUCACACCGGAGAGAGACCAUAUGCAUGCAGUGAAUGUGGCAAAGCCUUUGCCCACAUGUCAGUGCUCAUUAAACAUAAGAAAACUCAUGCAAGAGAGAAAGCUAUAAAUUCACUGAAAGUGGCGAAACCUUCUUCAGGGAGUCAUAGCUCUUUAUAUAUGAGUGAACUUGCACAGGAGCAAAACCAGAUGAACACAGUACCUGCGGAAAUGUCUUCUUCGGGAACUCAGCCCUUGUUAAACCUCAGUGAGCUCCUCGGGGGUAGAAAUGUAGUGUUUCUGGAACAGCCUUUUCUAAGAAGUCAGGCCUCAGUAGCUAAUCGGGAAUUUGCACAGGGAAUAAGUCUUGCAAAUGCAGUUAAUGUGACCACACCUUCUGUAAUAAAAUACGUCUUAUAUGUUACAGACGUUGUGUAGGAAAGAAAAUCCUCUGGUACCAGAAUGUAUCUGAUUCUAGAACGGCCUUAAUAAGAAUCCUUACUCUGACACAUUCUGUCAGAGCUCAUUUGGGGCAGAAAUGCUAUGGAGACAGUGGUGGCAGAGGCUACGUCACCACUUAUUAAAUAUCCAUGAAAUCCCAGUGUGUGGAAAGGAAGCUAUUGUGGGAAGCCUUUUCCUGGAGAGGAUUAUCUCCAUUGGUAUAAAAGAAUUCCCACAGGACCAGAACAUGAGGAAAGAAUGUGAUGAUGUUUUCAGUGAUAAGUUGUACCUCAUCACAUGCCAGAGAAGUGUAGAAAAGACACCACCAGAGACACCGAAUACAGACAACAUUUUUAGUAAAAUACAGAAGAACCCAUAGGAAGGAGAAACCCCUGAAUACAAAAAAAGAUGGAAAUCCUAUCACCAAACUAACUAAUGUGUCACAAUUUUAUACCUUGGGAAUCUGGGAAAGACUUCUUUAAUAAAUGAAAACUUGGACACCA